AUGGAGUAUGGAGUUGUGGUCGGCAUUGCUACUGGCUCUGUAGCCGUAGCUUCACUUAUCGUUCUGGCAAUUGUCUAUCUCGUUCGCAAGCGACGCCGACGGAACAUCGACAAGAGUCUGGGCACUCAGAUGUUCUUUCUCCCACCAACAAUCAAGGUUGUCAGCGAUGAAGACCUUGAAAAACAACGAGACCCUCCCGUGCAAGAAGUGCCUUCGCAUCGUCCGCAGAUGGGUCACUCCCCGACAUUGAAAUCGAUCAAGCCUGCAACACGCACUCGCUCCUCAUCUACGGAAAGCCAAGUCAUAUCGCCACUUUCCCCAAGCACGACGGUCGCGAAUACUGCCAGCCUCUCCAGAACAUCAACGAUCACCAACAACAACGGAGGCUGCAAUGGCAAUCAAAACAAUGCACAAUACCAGGCAUACACUCCACCCACAUCUUCGGUGCCCCAAAUCCCAGAAGUUCCACCCCUGCCUUCAAGUCUUGUUCCCGGAAGCAGCACCACUCCCCCGCUGAAUGGCUGGUUGCCGCCAUCUCCCACCACCCUGGACGUCCCAUCCCGGAAAGUCUCCCCGCUGUCUCUUUCUAGUGGGAGCAGUUCCCGACGCUUGUCACCUGUGCAAUACCCACCUCCCGCUCGACAAGUAUCUCCACUACCCUGCACUCCCGAAGUUCGACAAAUCUCGCCAUUACCAGGGCUCCCACGCCCUACCAUUUCACGAAGAUCAACAACAGAUCCUACCAUCUCCAAUUCGCUCUAUAGCAUUGCGGAAACUGCGGCGGCUCCUGCGCCUAGGACUCGGUACUACAGCGCAGAAAACAAAACGAGGCAAUCACUCAUACACAUUCCGGAGACACAAAAUGCACUGCCUGAAUUACCAGGCUGCGAGCCGGUUCCCGUGAAGAAGCACAAUUCCUGGCAUUCGCUUCGUCCGUGA